GUCCACUGCUCUGGCUCGACUGAGACAGGACAUCCAUUCAUCUUUUUUCUUUCUUUUAGACAUUUUUUCUCCAUCAAGUAUUUAUUCUCAUGGCAGGCAUAUCCUGAAUGGACAUCAGCAACAAUCUUUCUUAAGUCCUUGCAACAAAACUCAACUCAAGUUGUGCAGAGACUUUGACUCCGCCAACCCCAUAAAUGCCUUUCUUUGAGAAAAGGCGGUGGACGUUCUUUGCUUUGAAAGUGUACAAGCAACAAAUUACUUGAUAAAGAUGGGUAAUAAGCAAACAAUCUUUACCGAUGAGCAACUUGAUGCCUAUCAGGACUGCACGUUUUUCACUCGCAAGGAAAUUUUGCGGCUACACAGCAGAUACCAUGAAUUGGCUCCACAUCUUGUACCAAUGGAUUACACCAACGAACCUGACUGUAAACUGCCUUUAGCAUUGAUAGUGGACAUGCCAGAGUUAAAGGAAAAUCCAUUUCGCAAUCGGAUUGUUGAGUCCUUCUCUGAGGAUGGGAUGGGGAACCUGAGUUUCAACGAAUUUGUGGAUAUGUUCUCGGUCCUCAGUGAAAUGGCUCCAAGAGAACUUAAAGCCAUAUAUGCCUUUAAGAUAUAUGAUUUCAAUGUGGAUAACUACCUGUGCAAGGAGGACCUUGAGAAGACUCUAAAUAGGCUGACUAAGGAGGAGUUGACUCCUGAGGAGGUUGAGUUGGUGUGCGAGAAAACCAUCGAGGAAGCAGAUCUGGAUGGAGACAACAAACUCUCCUAUGCUGACUUUGAAAAUAUGAUAUCCAGGGCACCAGAUUUUUUAAGCACCUUUCAUAUCCGUAUCUGAGAUAGAUGGUUUAACAGUUUUGAUGUCAACCGCUGGACUUGGGAACUGGAGCAUGGACCUGCCACAGGACCAAACUGGGCUCCAUCUGAAUAGAAAUUCAUCCCUAUUCAAUGUGGUCUUUACCUACAGAAAACAAUUUUAGAGGAAGAUAAAAAGGAAGAUCACAAAAUAAUUUGAGGUCCUAAACUUGUUUAAAUUAUGUUAAAGGAUACAGGCACAUCCAAAAGUUAUAUUUUGUACCGGAAUAUAAAAUAAAUAUGAAUAUAUAUGAAAAAUUAUUGAAUAAAGCUUUUUUUUCAGAUGAAAGUACUUUUUGGAAAUCAUAACCUUUCACGAGUAUUACAGAUAUUUCUCAUGAAGUCAACAAUUAUAAGUUAGAAAUGUUUUUUAUUGGUCUAAUGGAGUUUUCUUAUCACAUGUUUCUGUUAGUUGUAAUUAGUAUAUUAUGCAACAUAAAGAAGAGCGCAAAAGUAAGAUUGUAUUUAAUUAUGUAUUUUACUUAGUUAACAGAAUAUGUGAAAUGUU